AUGCAAGUGCACAUGACCAAUCUUAAGCUCUUUGCUUUGGGCCGGCGUCUGACGGCAAAGCUGUGUCAGGUCGCGGCCCUGAUUGGCAUCGCAUCCAGCUUGCUCUUUGGCAGUCGGUGGGUUAUGUUUCUCAUAUUAGAAACUUCGGUUGGCCCAUAUUACUACUUGGACAAUCUUGGUAUGGAGCCAGGGCUUCUUCUGCUGCUUUUCCUCCUGUGCUUCUUCGGGACUAUCUGCAUCCAGUGUUGCAGCCUGUGCAUUGUGGCGUGUGCAGCGCUGCGGGCUCCUAGUAACGAUGAGGCCAUCCUAUCCACCGCCUUCUUGCUCUUCGGGAAUGCGCUCCUAGUGCUUCUAGGAACUGCUCUGAGCGUUUGGGCCUUGGUUAGAUACUGGUUGUCCUCCGACACAUUUGAAACAAGGAAGUGGUCGACAUGGCUGACGGUGGACAUCUUUCUUCAAAUCUGCAAUACUUUGACACUGAGCGGGAUGGUCGGGCCAAAGCAAUGGAAUCGACCCAUGGACGCCUUCCGCAGGCUGGCGGACUUGUCAGGAUUCGGCUUCGCGUCCAAGCGCAUAGCUUUUCCUGGACAUAUAAACCGGACGGCUGCCAAGUGCAUCGUGUCUUUUCCAGGCAAGUACAGUGAGCUCUGGGACGAAGCUGUGUCAACUGUGUCGUCUCAGGCCGUGGAUACAGGGCUGGAGCCGUGGUCUUUGGCGUGCGUCUUCUUGACCGAUGCCGAGUCGGGCCUUGGACGACAUUCGGAGAAUCCAGACACGCCAGGGAAGUGUUGGUGCCACAGCAUCUACGGCCGAGUUCCAGCCGAAACAUAUCUCUGUGUAGUGGAGGUGGAGCCAGAACACAUUGACAGUCAAGCCAACCGACAGCUGCUUUCCUUUAAGCGAAGCGAUGCCGAAGCCAUGGGCCAGUUGUUGGUCAUCAAGAGUGACCAGUCUGACACCGAGUGGCAAAUCCAGCUUGCAGAGGCUGCAAGGAACGCGCAGCAGCUGUGUGUUGAGAAAGAUGGACGAGCACCGUGGGGGUGCCAGUGGUUCGAGAAAUGGAAGCAGAACGUGGACCUUGCAGCACAACUCGGGCAGGAGCUUCAUGUUUGCAGAGCGCAAGGGCCAAGGAAAGGUGCCCUGGGAUCAGCUUUGUGA